CUGGGCAGCCCCGCGCGCCGAGCGUGCGGGACCCGGCGGGCGGCGACCGCGCGAAUCUCCCCGGAGUGCCCUCGCCAGGCAGCGAUGCCAGGAUGCCCGUCUCUGCCUCCCUCCGCCAGGACGGCAGCCAGGAGCGGCCGGUGAGCCUUACGUCGACCACAUCCUCGUCGGGUUCCUCCCGUGACAGCCGCGGUGCCAUGGAGGAGCCCAGCGGCCCCGAGGCCUCGGCCGAGAACGGGGCGGGCUCCCCGCGCGGCCGGCACCCCGCCAACGGCGACAGUGGCCCCAGCGGCUGGCUGAGCGUGAGGGGGCCGCUGUCCCCGUUCAGCAGCCGGGCCCCUGCAGCCCCAGCGCUCAAGCUCAGCUACCUGGGCCGCGUGGUGCGGGAGAUCGUGGAGACGGAGCGGAUGUACGUGCAGGACCUGCGCAGCAUCGUGGAGGACUACCUCUUGAAGAUCAUCGACACGCCUGGGCUGCUGAAGCCAGAACAAGUCAGCGCCCUCUUUGGGAACAUAGAAAACAUCUAUGCACUGAACAGCCAGCUACUCCGAGACCUGGACAGCUGCAACAGUGACCCCGUGGCUGUGGCCAGCUGCUUCGUGGAAAGGAGUCAAGAGUUUGAUAUCUACACCCAGUAUUGCAACAACUACCCUAACUCAGUGGCCGCCCUGACUGAGUGCAUGCGGGACAAACAACAGGCCAAGUUCUUUCGGGACCGGCAGGAGCUACUACAGCACUCUCUGCCCUUGGGCUCCUACUUGCUAAAGCCUGUCCAGCGCAUCCUCAAGUACCACCUGCUGCUCCAGGAAAUUGCCAAACAUUUUGAUGAAGAAGAGGACGGCUUCGAGGUGGUGGAAGAUGCUAUUGACACCAUGACCUGUGUGGCCUGGUACAUCAAUGACAUGAAGAGGAGGCAUGAGCAUGCAGUCCGGCUCCAGGAGAUUCAGUCGCUGCUCAUUAACUGGAAAGGGCCAGACCUGACCAUCUAUGGAGAACUCGUCCUAGAGGGCACGUUCCGAGUGCACCGUGUACGCAACGAGAGGACCUUCUUUCUAUUUGACAAAGCGCUACUCAUCACCAAGAAGCGAGGCGAUCACUUUGUCUACAAGGGCCACAUCCCGUGCUCCUCCCUGAUGCUGAUUGAAAGCACCAGAGACUCUCUGUGCUUCACUGUCACCCACUACAAGCACAGCAAGCAGCAGUACAACAUCCAGGCCAAAACAGCGGAGGAGAAACGGAGCUGGACUCACCACAUUAAGAGGCUUAUCCUGGAGAACCACCACACCACCAUCCCCCAGAAGGCCAAGGAAGCCAUCUUGGAAAUGGACUCCUACUAUCCCAGUCGGUACCGCUGCAGCCCGGAGCGCCUGAAGAAAGCUUGGUCCUCCCAGGACGAGGUGUCCACCCAUGUGCGCCAGGGGCGCCGGCAGUCUGAGCCUGGUCAGCCCCUGUUCCUCCGGGCAACACUCCCCAGCAGGCAGCGAGGCUUCACGGAGUCAGGCCUUAAGGGCCGUAGGAAGUCGGAGCCAACCAGACACCUGCUCAGGCAACUCAGUGAGAAAGCAGCCAGAGCAGCAGGAAUGAAGCAUGCAGGCAGUGCCGGCGCUCUCCUGGACUUUGGGCAGCCUCCUUGUGCUCAGGGCGUGCAGCCAGAGACCGAAGGGGCUGCCCAGGAGGAACAGGAGGAGGAGGAGGAGGAGGAGGAGGAAGAGGAGGAGGAGGAGGAGGAGGAGGAGGUGGUGGUGGAGGAGGAGGAGGAGAAGGCCUUUCAGGUGUCUCUGGAGGACUUGGCAGGGCCUGAAGGCAGCGAGAAGGGGGCCAGACUGGAGCCCCCAGGCUCGGAGGAGGAGGAGGAGGAGGAGGAGAGCCUGGCAGUGGCGGAGCAGGUAGCCGACUUUGCCAGCUCCCUGCUGGCCGCCCUCCACUGCUGGCACUAUCGGGCCAACGCUUUACUUUUCUCCCGGGGCGCUAUGGAGAAGGGGCGCAAGGAGUCAGAAGGCCCCAAGAGCCGCAGAAGGUCCAGCGGCCGGUCUCCGACUAGUGCUGAGAAGCGCAUGAGCUUCGAGUCCACCUCUUCCCUGCCAGAGGUUGAGCCAGUUCCUGACCCCGAGAUGGAGCAGGAAGUAUUUGCUGCCAUGGAAGGUCCCAGCAUCGAGGAGGUGCCCUCAGACACAGAGUCUCCAGAAGUCCUGGAAACACAGCUUGAUGCCCACCAGGACCUGCUGGGGCUGGCCCCCCCAGGUGACAUGGGGGACUUUGUGGUGGUGGAGAGCACCGAGGAUCUUAAGGCUUUGAGCAGUGAGGAGGAGGAUGAGGAUGUGAGGGCUGCACAGGAGACCGAGAGCCUCCUGCCGCCCUCUGUGCUGGACCAGGCCAGCAUCAUUGCAGAGCGGUUCGUCAGCAGCUUCUCCCGGCGGAGCAGCCUGGCGCUAGAGGACGGCAAGGCCAGUGGCUUUGGGAGCCCGAGGCUGAUAAGCCGGAGCAGCAGUGUGCUCAGCCUAGAGGGCAGCGAGAAGGGCCCAGCCUGGCACGGUAGCACCACGGAUUCCCUUGGCUCGCAGCUGCCCCCAGAGGUGGAUGCCACUGUGGGCGUGGCCAUGGAAAGUGGCCCUCCGGUCAACGGGACAGAGCCCCCAAGCCCAGGCUGUCUAGCAGAGCCCGACAGGUCUUCCUGCAAGAAGAAGGAAUCGACACUCUCCACCCGAGACCGGCUAUUGUUGGAUAAAAUCAAGAGCUACUAUGAAAAUGCAGAGCACCACGAUGCGGGCUUUAGCAUCCGACGCCGGGAGAGCCUCUCCUACAUUCCUAAAGGGCUGGUGAGAAACUCUGUUUCAAGAUUCAACAGCCUUCCCAGGCCAGACCCGGAGCCCAUGGCUCCGCUGGGGCACAAGAGGCCAGUGGGCUCCCGGCCGCCUUCAUGGGCUCUGUUUGACCUCCCAGGACCCAGCCAGGCGAGUGCUGGGGAGCCAGCUCCUAUCACAGAUGCUGAGUUCCGGCCGUCUUCAGAAAUUGUAAAGAUCUGGGAGGGGAUGGAGUCUGCCGGGGAGAGCUCUAGGAAGGGGCCUGGCCAAGGCCAGGCCAAUGGCUUCGACCUACACGAGCCGCUCUUCAUCCUGGAGGAGCACGAGCUGGGGGCCAUCACUGAGGAGUCGGCCACUGCUUCCCCUGAGAGUGCCUCCCCGACGGAGCGGCCCAGCCCGGCCCACCUGGCCCGGGAGCUGAAGGAGCUGGUCAAGGAGCUGAGCAGUGGGGUCCAGGGGGAGCUGGUGGCCCCGCUGCACCCCCGCAUCGUACAGCUCUCCCAUGUCAUGGAUGGCCACGUGAGUGAGCGAGUCAAGAAUAAGGUCUACCAGCUGGCCCGCCAGUACAGCCUCCGGAUCAAAAGCAAAUCUGUGACGGCCAGGCCGCCCCUACAGUGGGGAAAGGUGGCUCCUACCGUUCCCUGCCUUCAGGAGGAGGCUGGAGCACCCUCGGGCGGCACAGGGAAGAGGAAGCCGGUGCUGCCCCUCCUCAACCACGAGCAGACGGCGGCCCAGGAGCACAGCCCGCCCAGGCCCGGCUCGCCUCGGCUUUUCGCCUUCAGCCCCACUGCUGCCAGCCCGAAGGCCAGCUCAGCGGCGCCCCGGCCCUCCUCUCGGAGCCCCCUCAGCCCCUUUGACGCCGAGCCCUUCAGCUGGCCCGAUGUCCGAGAGCUCUGCUCCAAGUACGCCUCCCACGACGAGGCCUUCCAGGCUGAGGGCAGCCGGCCCCGCGGCCCGCCCGUCAACCGGAGCCGCUCGGUGCCCGAGAACAUGGUGGAGCCGCCUCCGGCGGGCAGGGUGGGCCGCUGCUGCAGUGUGGGCGCCAGGAGGGGCCGGCCGGGCCCGGAGGCCGCCCAGCCCCAGCUGCCCGGGAUGCUGCCCCAAAGCAGGCCGGUGGAAGACGAAGCCCUGUAUGUCACCGCAGACCUCACCCUGGAGAACAACCAGCGGGUGAUCGUCCUGGAGAAGGGGCCCCUGCCCUGCCCCGCUGCGGGGCUGGAGGAGCGCAGUGGGCAGGGACCAAGCUCACCAGCAGCCACAAUGAGACGGGGCCUGGAUUUCCAGGAGACUGGAGUUUCCAGGAGCCCGGAGUAUUGGCCAAAGGAAGAGGGUCCCAGGGACCCGGCGGACCCAGGCCAGCAGGGCAGAGUGAGAAACUUGAGGGAGAAGUUCCAGGCCUUGAACUCCAUAGGAUGACUCUGAGUCCUGGGAGGAGCCGUGUGGCAGGGGAACUCCGAGGAACCUUGGAGUGCUUGCCCACAAGCCUGCGCUCCCCCUGCCCACGUGAGCCCCUGAGAGGAUGCUCUGGGGUACUCAGCAAGUGUCUUCACCUGCUGGGAAUGCCCUGGCGCUUCCCUGGGCUCAUGGCGACUUCUGCAGGCCCUUCUUCCCACCGGGGCCAGUGUGGGCACUUCCCUCAUAUAUAGUUCUUCUCUGGUAAGAAGCCAGAUAUUUAAGCUCUCCUCUUCCUGGUGAGAGCAAGCCAUGCUCAGGCCUCCAGGGCUGGGCUGACCACUGCCGGGCUGAGGAGAAGGGGGAAGGUGGCCUGGGGAGGCUUUGCUCUUUAAUUGUGCCUUUUCUUAGGAUCCAGGCAGGAACAAGACCCAUAAUUUAUUGCUUUCCAUUCUGUGGUGUAUUUGUGUGCACACGUGUUCCUGAGUGUGUGUUCUCCCGUUGUUGAUUCCUCUCCUGUGAAGAAUGUAAUGGACUUGGUUCAGGUACUUUUGUAGAUUGUCUUGCUGACUCUGUGGUUGUCGCUAACGUAUAUACAUUUCAUUAUUUGCCAAUGGUGCAAUAACCGCUGCUGACCAACCACCCAUGUGUGGCUCCUCAUUGGGCCUUGCUGGGAUGGGGAGAGCUGACCGAGGUCAGGGUGUCUUUGGGAGGCGGGCUAGGGAUGGUGGUGGCUGCAUCCACAUUUUCUCCUCCAUCGUCCAUGCUCAUGAAGCCUAAGGCACUAGGGUGCUUGCAGGGGAGGUGGGGGCCGUGGGAUGUGCAGGAGGGAACUUGUUCUCUGUCCACCCUUGCCUGGUGUCCUGUUGGCAGGGGCAGGCACUGUGCUAGCCUUGAGCUCUCUUCCUCAAGGACCAAAGUUGGACUAAAACAGGUGAGGAAAAUGAAUGGGACAUUCAGAAAUU